AUGGCGUCCCGGCUCGGUGGUGUUGAAGACAAGUUAGUGGUACCUGCUCGUGGGCAGAUUGUGGUGGUCCGGAAUGAUGCGGGCAAAAUGGUUGCUAUAUCCGGGACUGAUGAUGGAGAUGAUGAAAUCUGUUACGUUAUGACCAGGGCUGCAGGUGGUGGUACUGUCCUCGGAGGCUCCUAUCAGAAGGGUAACUGGGAUUCUCAGGUUGAUCCAAACCUUGCUGUCAGAAUUAUGAAAAGGGCGGUCGAGUUAUGCCCAUCGCUGACUGGCGGAAAAGGGAUUGAACAUCUUGAUAUCCUAAGGCACGGAGUAGGGUUGAGACCAGUACGCGAAGGGGGAACGAGGGUGGAGAAGGAGCGCAUCGGCGAUACAUGGGUAGUUCACAAUUACGGCGCGGGUGGAGCUGGUUAUCAGUCGUCAUUUGGGUGUGCUCAAGCUGCUGUGGACCUUGUCGAGGAAGCAUUGCAUACGAACGCAAAACUGUAG